CUUUCCAACCUUUUUCACCUUGACAAUAAACUGUAAAGCCUCUUUUCCAACCUUUUACCAGUGCACUCCGAUAUAACAGCUUUAUUACGAUGAUCAACGAUGCAAACAACAUUGUUCUGGCAGUGGUAAUGGCUCUCACCAGCUAAUCAACACUUUUCGCGAUAUACUUAUAUGUAUCUUUUGACUUUCGUUGAAGAGGUAUCAUUUUUCACUAUAUUUAAACUCCCCUCUUCCUUUGGUACUUGCUGUUACAUUCAUCGGCAUGACAAUUAGAUGGGUGCAGUUGGAAAUGGUAAAUCAUCUACAUUAAACUCCAUUAUUCAAGAGCCCCUUUUCCAGUCAGGACGAUCUAUUGGUCCUGUUACGCAGCGAAUCGGCAGCUGCGUCCGCCAUUGGAAACUGCCUGAGGUUGGACGCACUGUUCAUAUCGUAGAUACGCCUGGCAUGUGCGAUUCAACUUAUAAAGACGUAGAGAACGUUCAUCUGAUGGUCGAGUUUUUCAAGACUUUGUCACAUGGUGUUAGUGCAUUUGUACUUGUAUUCAAUAUUCAUAAUACUAGGCUGGAUGAAUACACAAAAAACAUGCUGAGAUUAUUUGAAAGACUACUAGGACCGCAGUUCUGGAAGCAUGUGGUCAUUGUCUUUACUCAUGUUGACGAGGAUCAAAGAGAUUAUUUAGAAGACAACAUUGAUGCAUUGACAGAUCCAGUGGAUGGGUUUGUAAAGGUGAUCAACCAAUGGUUCCAUCUCCAGUAUCAGCCGCCUUUGGUCUUCCUCUCCAACCGCGAUACACGGUACAGCCAAUACGCACGCGAAUGCUUUAUGGAGUUGUAUGAGGCAGUUCUGUCGGUAGAAAAUGGUUCGCGUAGAGAGAAAUUCACUUGCACAUUUUUUCAAGAGGUCAACAACCGUACCGGAAUUAUACAAGACAACUAUAUUGUCCAAAGCAUCCGAACUGCAGCAGCAGCCAUUCCUCAGAUGGUACAAUCUGGCACAAGGGCUGUUGCCAAUGUAUGCAGUGUAAUGUGAGGCUAUGGGCGGAAACUUUUAAUACAGAUUUCAUUUAUAUAAACAUGCAUAAAGCAAUGCUUCCUACGCC